UUAGGAUUGGAAUACUCCAGAACAAUCACAAGCAGGGUUCUUAUUUUAUUUUAUUUUAAUAUUUGCAUGAUUUUAACAACAUUAUGAUGAUGACAUAAAUAAUAUAUAAUGGUAAGAAUAAUAAUAAUAAUAAUAAUAAUAUUACAGUUAUAUACCUUCUUCAUACUGGAAACUUCUUUCAAGACUUUCAAUGUUGUCUCCACCACUGCACAUUUGUCCUCAGUAGUAUGUACACGUGUCCUUCCUUCAUCACCAUAAUGCCCUCCCUACCUGGAAGCAUGGGGAAGGGAACUAUUCCCGUGACGUCAUAACUUUUACUUCCACUGCUUGUUUGUUCAUGACAAAAGAGCCACCGCAAAUCUUCUACCCCCCACCAGUUGCGACCAAGGUGGACGUGGGGUUGGUCUCGGUAGGAGAGGGCAUUCCGGCCUGGAAUGGUCGGGGGGCCCACAGCGGCAGAGGAGGAAAUGCAGCAGCAGGACGGGGGAGCGCAGGAGGGAAGGGGGAGUCCCACCGAUGGAGUGGAGCGGUUGUGGUGGUGGUGACUGGUGAGACCACCGGGAAUAAUCCCCCACCUUCCACACCUUUUCCCUUAGUGAAACUGACCUCUCCCUCUGGCUCUUGAAUGUUCCGAAGACUUGUUGUACUUGACUCCUCUGAUUCUCCUGCAUCAUCAUUCAGCUGAUUGCGGUUCGGGACCAGUUGCACAAAUUUCCUUGGGACAGCCAGCCAGCCAGCCAUUCAGGCAGGCCUCGCCGAUUCUGGUUCCGUUUAUCUCGUUGCCUCGGGGCUGGUAGUAGCAGUAUCUUUUCAACCCCUCUCUGUGAUCUGUCUUUCUACUUCACACACAACUAUCGUUGCUGUCUUGUGCGAAUCCUUUCGGUAUCGUUGGUGGACCGGAUACGUCACGAUUCUUCUUUUAUUAUUCACUUAUUCCUUACCUACGCCUCAUUUCUGCAUCGCCUCUUCUCUCUGCUGUUGUUUCUGUCACCAUGGCGUUCUCAGUGUCUCGCUUCUUGCCCAUUCUAUGGCGCGCCCGAGCUGCCGCAGCUGCUUCUUAUUUCCCCUUCUCUUCAGCUGCCGUUGGUGCCGGUGCUGGUUUUGCUGCUCCCUCCCGAUCAAACUCCACGGCCGCUGAGGUUGUAGCUGACGAGGAGCAUGUGGCUACAACUGCCCCUCCUGCUGUUAUGAUUAAGGGCGUUAAGAUGGCGGGGCGCCCGCUCUACCUCGAUAUGCAGGCGACUUCUCCUGUUGAUCCCCGCGUUCUUGAUGCAAUGUUUCCCUACUAUAUCGACCAGUAUGGAAACCCUCAUUCCCGUACGCACAUGUAUGGAUGGGAAAGUGAUGAUGCGGUGGAGAAGGCCCGGGAGCAAAUUGCCAAGCUCAUUGGUGCCAAUCCUAAGGAGAUUAUCUUUACAUCAGGCGCUACUGAAGCUAACAAUAUAGCACUUAAAGGCGUGAUGCAUUUCUACAAGGAGAAGAGAAAGCACGUCAUCACCACGCAGACAGAGCACAAGUGUGUCUUGGAUUCCUGCCGUCACCUGCAACAGGAGGGAUUUGAAGUCACAUACCUGCCGGUCAAGAAGGAUGGCCUAAUUGAUUUAGAUGAGCUCAAAGCUGCUGUUCGACAGGACACGGGUAUCGUAUCAGUUAUGACUGUUAAUAAUGAAAUCGGUGUCAUUCAACCUAUAGCAGAAAUUGGAGAAUUGUGUAGGAAGAACAAGAUUUUUUUUCACACAGAUGCUGCCCAAGCUGCUGGAAAGAUCAGUAUAAACGUGGACGAUUUGAAGGUGGACUUGCUGUCCUUGAGCGCGCAUAAAAUCUAUGGACCCAAGGGAGUUGGAGCUCUGUAUAUGCGCAGGAGACCUCGCGUUCGCGUGGAAGCACAGAUGAGCGGGGGCGGACAAGAAAGAGGCAUUCGAAGUGGGACUGUUCCGACCCCUUUGGUUGUUGGGUUGGGCGCUGCAUGCGAGAUUGCUAUGGAGGAAAUGAAGCACGAUGAGAAACACGUUAAGGCACUUACCGAUCGGCUGUACCAGGGAAUAACGUCCAAACUGGAUGGCGUAAUCCUCAACGGCAGUGAAGAGCAUCGGUAUGCAGGCAAUUUGAACUUGUCUUUCGCUUGUGUGGAAGGAGAGAGCUUGCUUAUGGGACUAAAGGAAGUAGCCGUUUCCAGCGGAAGUGCUUGCACUAGUGCAAGUCUCGAGCCAUCGUAUGUAUUGCGAGCUUUGGGAGUAGAAGAAGAUAUGGCUCACACCUCCAUCAGGUUUGGAAUUGGUAGAUUCACGACAAAGGAGGAAGUCGACAAGGCCAUUGCCCUUACCGUUGAUCAGGUGACUAAGUUAAGGCAGAUGAGUCCUCUAUGGGAGAUGGUACAGGAGGGCAUUGAUCUAAAGAGAAUUCAGUGGGCUCAACAUUGAUGAACGAUGGCGUUGACGUAAUAUGUUAACCAAGUUUAUGUUUUAUUGUUUACCUUGUAUUUAAAUACCUCAUGAUCUUGGUUGAGUUAAACAACUAAUUAAGCUCUCCAUGUAGAUAUGACUUUAAAAAGUAGGUACUGGAGGAGUCAUUCAUUAAAACUUGUAAGAUAUUGAGCCUUUCCACCGAGCAAUUGGGAAUGCAACGACAAGGGUGCUUCUCUGUGUUUUAUAGACUAUUCUGUCUGGGUAUCCACGAGAUUCUCUUAAAUGGAUUUGCAGUGAAUAAAACGUCAGCUUAGUGACAUUGGGGGUGUAUGGUGCCUCUUAUCCAACA